AUGCUGCUUCUGGACGCCGAUCGGCCGGAGCCCGUGCGCGGCGGGGCGCGCGAGCUCGCGGUCUUCCUGACCCCCGAGCCUGGGGCCGAGGCGAAGGAGGUGGAGGAGACCAUCGAGGGGUUGCUCCUCAGGCUGGAAGAGUUUUGCAGCCUGGCUGACAUGAUCAGGAGCGACACCUCACAGAUCCUGGAAGAAAACAUCCCCCUCCUUAAGGCCAAGGUGGUGGAAAUGCGUGGCAUCUAUGCCAAAGUGGACCAGCUGGAGGCCUUUGUCAAGAUGGUCAGACGGCACGUCUCCUUCCUGGAGGCCCACGUGCUCCAGGCAGAGCGGGACCACGGGGCCCUCUCGCAGACCCUGCGGAAGUGGCUGGGCUCCUCGGGGCUCCCCGCACUCGGGAACAAGCGGUGGGCACCGGUGGCCCCGACGUUCAAGCUGCCCGCGUUGUACAGAACGGAGGACUAUUUUCCCGUGGACGUGGGGGAGGUGAUGCCCCGAGCCCCCAGCUGUCAAAGGCGUCUGUGA